UGCUUUUCAGUAUUUAACCUGACAGCCUCACACAUUCGUUAUCUUCUGAAAAUUCAGUUUAAUGUUAGAGAGCCAUUCUCAGGGUUUGUCUGCAUGAACAGUCAGUAUGCAGGAAACUAGGGUGUGACUCCAUCCCGCACUAGCCUGCCAUGGACUGUCUGUGUGGACUCUGUUGAUGUGCAUUAACAGUGUGUUAAUAGUCUGGUCCCCUUUGAAAUGGGACUAGAUGAAGGCACAUUAACGAGCUAUUAAUGUGUAUCAGCAGGUCCGUACUGACAGUUAAUGUGCACAGCCUAGUGUGGGGUAGAUUCACGUCCCACCUUGCCACAAACUGAUUGUUCGUGCAAACCAGAGAUGUUCAUGUAGACGAGCCCUGAAUCAAAAAACCACACCGGGAGACUUUGCUACAAUAUGCUGUCUCAAGAAGGAGUCACAACUCAGUUAAAAAUCUGUAGUGUGCGUAGGAUCUAACCAUAUGGUAACUGAGGUAAAUAGCUAAACUAAAACCUUGACUAUGUGAAAGUUUUGUUCUUUCUAAUUUGUGGUCUACUGUUUUUGGUACCAGUUAAAAUUAAGGCCCAGGCACACAGUGCACCUGGCUGUAUGACAUACCCUUGAUUAACACUCUUGCCGUUGUUCAAAUAUACCUACCUAUUGGAGAAAAGGUUCAAAGCUCCCGCCUCUGCAAUAAAAAUACAGCUUUACAGAAAGAACGGAUUGGACAAUGUCCAUACAAAGAAACUCCUUCCAAUAUGAGCAGACAACAAGGACAAACCCAAAUUUCAAAAUCUCAGAAUUUCUUCAGAAUGACCUGCUCUAGACUAUAUGAGUUGUGGUACUCCGAAAUAAGAUGGAUGUCGUAACAGAUGGUCUUUGUAUUUAAUUUAUCAUCUCUACUGCAGUGGCACCUAGAGGCCUCAUAUGAGAGCGAGACCCUGUUGUGUAAGUGUCAUGGGAUCUUAAACCUGAGUGGCACCAAGAGGUUGGGGAAAAACUAGCUCCAACCAUGCAGCAGCUUCCUAGUGUUACGUACACGUUUUUGUGUUGUCAUCCAGACUGAGCCUAAGUCUCCAGAGAUGAGACUUGAACCCAUGAUCUGGCUUAGAGAGAUGGAGGAGUUGGCUAGAGAGAGCAUCGGCUUGUUAGCCAAGCCUACGCUGGAGUCAGGUAGCCCAAACCUAUCCUCUGCCGGGGCUGUCUUUAUUAUGCUGAAAUCAUCUCUUGGAGCAGGACUUCUUAAUUUCCCAUGGGCUUUCAAUAAGGCUGGAGGGAUCACUGCAGCUGUUAUGGUGGAACUGGGCUCCUUAAUAUUCCUAAUUAGCGGCCUAGUGAUCCUGGGAUAUGCCUCCUCCAUCAGCACCCAGUCCACGUACCAGGGCGUAGUCAGAGAAAUCUGUGGGUCGGCCAUUGGGAAGCUCUGCGAGAUCUGCUUCAUUUUAAAUCUCUUCAUGAUUUCCGUAGCCUUUCUCAGAGUUGUGGGCGAUCAGCUGGAAAAAUUAUGUGACUCCCUCUACAUGAAUGUGACUCUGAGUGGAGAAGGGCCGCCUCCUCCCCAGCACUGGUAUACAGAUUACCGCUUCACCCUGACUGCCCUGUGUGCCCUGGUCAUCUUCCCUCUGUCCGUUCCCAGGGAGAUCGGGUUCCAGAAAUACACCAGUAUUUUAGGUACUUUGGCUGCUUGCUACCUGACCCUGGUGAUUAUAAUAAAAUACUACCUAAGAACGGAGCAUGUUAUCCUGUAUGAGCACCAUUAUUCCUCAAGGGUGUCUUCCUUGGCUUCCAUGUUCAGUGUCAUCCCAACGAUCUGUUUUGGAUUUCAGUGUCAUGAAGCCUGCAUUGCCAUCUACAGCAGCAUGCACAACAAGAAACUCUCCCUUUGGAUCGUGGUGUCUGUGCUCUCCAUGCUCUUCUGCCUCUUAAUUUAUUCUCUUACAGGGCUUUAUGGCUAUUUAACCUUUGGUGCUGAUGUGGCUGCUGAUAUUCUGAUGUCAUACCCAGGAAAUGACGUGGUCAUCAUUAUAGCACGGCUACUCUUUGGCAUCUCCAUCAUUACCAUCUAUCCAAUCGUUCUCCUGCUGGGCAGGUCUGUCCUACAGGAUGUCUGCCUGAAUGACAAGUGCAGGUCGCUCAUGGAGCCUUAUGAGCGGUGUACGAGGAUUGUGCUGACGAUGACGUGGAUCAUCGUGACGCUCGUCAUUGCUCUGUUUGUCCCUGACAUCAGCGAGGUGAUCAGUAUUAUUGGUGGCAUCAGCGCCGCCUUCAUCUUUAUCUUUCCAGGGCUAUGCCUAGUAUGUGCAAUGGAAAUGGAACCCAUCGAACCAAGAAAAAAGUUCUGUUUGAUUGCUUGGGGUGUCAUCUCCAUCCUCUGUGGAGCUUUUGUCUUUGGUCAGAGCACAACCACUGCUGUCAUGGAGCUGGUCUACAAAGUCUAGCUGCUUACAGGUACCCAGCAGCCUUCAGCAAGUUGCACGUAAUUUGGUGCAACCUACAGGCAGCUGUGCUUGCAAAGACCAAUGCAUCUUAUUGGAGGACAGCAUGGUUUCCAAAUGACUGAUGGGUGUUUCUCAGCCUUUCCCUGUUUACGUUCACUUUAAAAGAGAUUUAUUUACACAGUCUCUCCUGUUUGCUAAAUGACGAGCAUUACCAUGCAGCAGGGUGCCUGUCAAACAUCACAGUGAUGCUCUAAGAUCAUUGUACCUCCUCACACCUUUAUAUAUUCUUCCCUUUUGAUGGUACAUGGUUUCCUUUCAUCAGAGCAACCCCCAAGUAUCAGCCACUGGAGGAGAAAGGUCAAUCCAAGGUGUCCCUGAUACUCCCCUCUUCAAACUAUGGUCUGUUAUUGUCGUCUCAAAUUCCAGCUUUCCCAAUGGGUUAUACCCUUCCCCUUGUGUUGCCCUUAUUACACACCCUGUUCAAGGCAAUAACUAGACACCCCUUUACAGCAGAAUGGAUGAGAGUGUACAUUCUGGAAAAAGGGCAAAUCUUUGAAAUAUCCUGUUUUGUACUUUACAGAUCAUACCAGUAUUGCUAGAAUAGAGACAGAAGGUCCAUUACCAGAGUUAGACUUGUACAAGUAUUAGAACUUGCAAGUUCAACACCUAGAUCCUUUGUGCACAUGUCUACACAGCAGCUCGAGAGGCGAGGGCAGCACCUAGGCUCCUGGGGCUUCACUGCUAUUGUUACUUGAGCAAGCUUGGACCUAUCUGUACAGCUGCAGUUACCCCUCUGAUGGCAGCGUAGACCUUCCCUCACUGUGGCAUCUCACCUUCAAUACAAGGAGACUGGAGUUCCCACUACGUAGAACAGGGAUUUUGUGCAUAACUGCCCCUUAUUUUCCACCUACCCUUGAAUUAUUUUGAUGUGUUUUUCAUUACAAGUUCACAAAACUAUUUCCAUUCGGUUUCCCUGUUGAAGAGCAAGGAGCGAUUUAGAAUAAAACCACCACCAUUUCCCACUUACAUUUUAUUUGGUCUCUGUAUUAUCUAACUGUACAUAUCCUAAUAUUAAAUUUCCUACAGUGUACGAUGGGUUUAGAGCCCGAUGAUAUCAAACAUACAGCUAGAAUAAUAUCAAAUGGUACAUUCAAAGUGAAGAAAUAAGCAAGCCUGCAUCCCAAAGACUAGUCUCCCCUGCUUCUGUCCCUAUUAGAAACAAAUACAAAAUGCACCAAACUUAGUAAAGGAACAGAUUGCUACUUUCUACAGCCAGAAGGCAUCUCUAGUACAUCAAGGCUUAUUUAGCAUGCAUUGGUGUUAAUGUGAAGGAAACUAAUUAUGGAAUCAAGAGGUAGGACUGGGGAGGGAAGGAGAAAGGCAAGUGGUUCUUUUCAGCAGCCUAUAAAGGAGAAACCUGAUGAACAAAUUAAAAAGGUGACCCCUUUGUAUCUAGUUCUAAGGCAGUGGCAGAAUGUCUCCUUCUCUCUAGGAGUAAGGCCUGUUAUGCUAUGCAGCGGUGAACGAGUGAAACCUCAGGGAGAACUCUUACAGCAUAGUCCUGCCCCUGCUAUAAAUUAUUUUCUUCCAAAACUACUGGACAAAGAAACUAACACCAGUGCUGAUAUUUAGACUCCUUAAUGGAGGUGACCUGCUGCUGGCCCCUCUCAGACAGCAUCCUACAUGAGAUGGGGCUCGAGUAUGAGCCUGUCGCUAUCAGGCCCUACGUGCUGGCAGGCAGGUUUGACCAUUCUGGCCAAACUGUUCUAUCAGCCUCACUUUACUGAGGCACAGGAAGGAUAAGCAACUUGCCCACUGUCACAGAGCAAGUCUGGGACAGAGCCAAGACUAAACCCAUGAAUCCCUGCAACUGCGGGCAGGAGACUGGCAGACUCUGCUCCAUCCCAAGCUUUAAGGGGAGCGUUUAGGAGCUAUGACAGUGGGUGGGGUGGUUAUGUUUUUUCCUUCACUUCAAACACCUAGCAAAUACAUUGCUGACAUUCUUGGUUAGUAGUGAACUCAAAAGACAUCACCUGUAACAAAGGCAUUAGAAAAGACAGGAGUUUAGUCCUCUGCAAAGGGGGAGAGAAUUCACUGGACAGAAAAGGCAAGAGAGCCUGGAAGUGCAACGGGUCACCUUGCUGCUUGACUCCGCGCCGGCCGAGGACUCAAUCUCUGUUCAGAGUGCACCAGGCAGCUGCAAGAGAACAACCAGUCAAGGCAGGAGCUCAGUCUCCUCCCCCGGCACCCCACGCAGCUUUGUGCGGGCAAUGGCUAACCCUCCCUGGGGUGGUGCGGCAGGAGGAGGCUGUGUCAGAGCUGGACUGCUCACUGUAGCACAAAUGGGAAGAACUUGC